CCGUACAUGACGGAUACCGGAAUAUGUACUGGUCUUUUUUUUUAUUAUAAUUUUUAUCUCCCUUUUAUAAAAAUUCGCCAUUUGCAGUACUUUUGAGAAAAUCACUAAAAGCAGGAAACAAAUUAUUUUCGCACUGGAUAUUCAUUUAUUCUAGACAGUUCUUAAAUAAGAUAUGGUGGCAGUGACAGUGUGAGGGUGUUAUCAACAUGUCUGCUACAAGCAUGGCGGAGAACCGGGAUGAUGAUGAACUGAGUAUACCUAGAGCAUCACUGAACAAAAUGAUCAAGGAGAUAAUACCCAAUGUGAGAGUGGCCAAUGAUGCUCGGGAACUCAUACUUAACUGUUGUACAGAGUUUAUUCAUCUCGUCUCUACAGAAGCAAAUGAUAUCUGCAAUAAACAGUUCAAGAAAACAAUCUCACCAGAACAUAUACUAGCUGCUUUAGACAGUCUAGGAUUUGGAGCAUACAAAGAGGAUGCUACAGAAGUUUUAAAAGAAGCUAAAGCUGUAGCAGCGAAAAAGAGACGGGGAAGUUCUAGACUUGAGAAUCUUGGUAUACCGGAGGAGGAAUUGCUCAGACAACAGCAGGAAUUGUUUGCACGGGCAAGACAAGAACAGGCUCAGUUAGAGCAGCAGCAAUGGCAGCAAAUGCAGCAAGCAUUACAACAGCAGCAGCAGCAACAACAACAAGUGACCAACAGUGGGGAGGAUGAAGAUGAUGAUUAUUCAUAAAAUUGUGAAAAUUUGUUCCCUGCAAAAUUAACUGUUGUUUUGAUGUACAUCAUUUUAGUGACAUUGUUUAAAACUGAAUGUAAAAAUAAAAAAGCCAUGAAAAUUGA